AGCACCCAGCUUUAGCUAACACGCUACUGCGCAGGCGUUGCGUGCGGGACCCCGACCUCCGCGGCAUUUCCGCUUUCCAAAGAGCAAAUGCAUGGCCCCAGGUCCGCGGCGCAUACCCUCUCCCCGACAUGAUCUGGAUCCGAUGCGCAUAUCCGCCGCGCCACAUAACAUUGAAGCCGGAUGACUGAUCCCUCGGUGGAUGACCUCCACUAUGGUCACGUCGGGCACGCGUUAUACGACCAGGAAAACAGACAAUGGCUUUUCAACCGGCAACCGGGAAGGCGGAGGAUUCUCCGGCCCUUGGGCGACAUCGAGUCUUCUGGCGUAGAAGCGGCUAGCGCGGAUCCUUUGGAGACAGUUGGGAAUGCGAGCACGCUCGAUGAACAAAAGAAACGCCUUCUAGCCGCAAAUCCGGAACUACGCGCCGCCGAGGCUUUCGUGACGCGCGACGCGCAAAUCUCCGAGACCCUGACCGCAGUGGUGGCCAAGUACGACGCGCUGCGAGGAGACCUUCUGGCCUUUGGCAGAGCCGCCGAUGUAGACAACAGGGGUUCCAAGGGAACAAUUCGGGUUGCAGCCAUUCCUGGUGGUACCGCUGGACAGUCACUUCGUCUCGUCCAAGAGCGCUUCGAGAAACAGGGCUGGGGUGAAGACAAGAGUGUCUGGUUGAAUGUGCCCAGCCUAGGGCUUGGUGAAACUGGAUGGUGGUCUGGAAACGGGGCGCCCAUACAGCAGCUGUGUUUUGCGAACCAGCCUGAUGAGCGCGGUACGUUUUUGGCUGUCCGUACGGCAAAAUCAGUGCACAUCUUUCGGCCAAGGUUCCGCCGGGUUUCUGUUGCUGCGCUCAAGGAUCCUGGAUCCCACUCUAAGCUUCCAUCUUCUAGACUUGAAGUAAGUCCAGUGGUUAGCUUGGUUCUCCGUCCUGGUGAACCCACAUACGCAGAUGUCACUUUCAAUCCGGAUUACCAACGUCAAUUUGCGACCAUAACCCAGGAAGGCAAAUGGGCCGUUUGGGAUAUCGAGGGGUCGAAACAAAAAAGGUUUACCUUUAAAACGAUCCAGACAAAGAGUGGGCACCUUCGUGAAGAAGGCAACACAGCUCGAUACGAUGGCUGGGGAAGAAUCCUUUGGGCAGCCAAUGUCAACACUGUUGUCGUAUGCAACAGGAGGCUGCUCGAGAUUGUGGAUUUUCAGGGCCACUCACUUCGAUUGGACGCUUCGAGUUUGAGACUGAUGCGGACCUCCAGCUGGAUACUGGACUUGAGGAGAGAUCCCCAAGACAGUAGUAGAGUCUUACUUUUAACUUCUACGCAUCUGUUGGUUAUCAGGAUCCCGUCUCUGGAGGAGGACAAAGAUGAAGUGGCUCACGGUGCAUUGAUCCUGCUCUCAUGGAGGCACUUCCGUAACAAUGAGGAUAUCACCUUGCAACUAUCUGCUAUGGUCGACAACGAAGAUACCGUAAUUUUCCUACGAUCUCAGGAGGAUCAUGGUGUCACUGUUUUCAGAUAUACACAAAAUUCUGAGACAGCAUCCUUACCAUUUUCACCUUCGGACCCUACGGUUUUGUAUCUUUCAGCAGUUGGAGAUGAUCAAAAACCUACUCACUCUUUGGUGAGGAACAUCUCGUUUCAGCUAUUGGAUUACGGUGAGACUUCGAGAACGCGCGUCCCUGGACCUGGCAACGGAUUUCGAGACCAUGGCGUCAUGUUCUAUAACGUCUACAUGUUGUUGAACAAUCUGGAGGUGAACAGGCGGCUCGUUUUUCUUUACGAUCCUUCUUCUGAUCCUACAAAUUCGCCUUGGGCAUCUCAGCCCUCCAUCGAGGUUCCCUCUUGGACAAAGAGGAGCAUGCAACAGAGCUCCUCCAGAGUGAAACAUGACAGCUUCAUCGUCGCGGAUGACUUGAUAGACAGCGAUGAUGAGCUCACUGUCGCUCCUUGGUUGAGGCCAGCAAAAUUCCCUCGUAAAGGAUCCGACUCGGCUGAUGUUUCCCACACAAGCUCGGAUGAUUCCUUAACUGUGGACAAAUCUCGAGUCUGCGAAUUCUUGGACGACCCUAAGGAAUACGAGAGGGAAAAUGUGUCUACGCUCAUUGCUGAAUCUGCGGAUAGACUGCAGGCUACUCCGGAUCCCGAGGAGCAUCAUUACGAUACUCUGUGGCAGUAUUUUGGCGGGGAACUCGCAGUGGCUGAUAUUGACGAGACGGAGGAGUCUUUCGCAAACUUGCUUCGAUCUUUUGGUACUCAUGAGGGCCAAGAAGCCUCCUUGCUGCUUCAGCAAGUUGGAUCAGCUUCCCAACUAGGUCUGCCGGAUUAUGAGGAUGGCAAGCCUUCCUUCUUAAAGAUCUACGAUACUGUCAUUAAGUCAUGGCUGUCAACUCUUCCCAAGGCAAUUCCACCAAAAGUUCGGCUGGCAAACUCGCAACUGGCACGGGAGGUUGCUGCCCAGCUGUGUUUUGCAAGCACCAGCAUCAAGAUCCAGCAACCCGAACAGCAACAAGAACCUCAACAGGAACCGGAGCUGGACUUGUCGCUCAUCCAGGACGCCGAUUUUGUAUCUCCGUCUAAAUCAGCACGGAAGAACAAGGGCAGAGCGUCCCAAGAAUACUUUUCGAUUCCCAGUUCUCAAUCGGGGUCUUAUGGCUCCUCUCAGCCCUCCGCGUUGCUACUGACACCUGAAGCUACUCCUUCACUUGUUUCGGGUUCUUCGUUCUCUUCUGGCAUGUCCACCCUAAGCGAUGGAUCCUUUGCACGUCUUCGCCAAUACACCACGUUCGACAGGCAGAUUCCUUCGCUUCCCCGCCAGAUGAACCGUUUGCUGUCGCAUUGGGCUCCUGGCACAGACCCGGCUUCAUAUAGUUAUGAAGCAACAAAGGCCGCGACCAGCCAGAUCGACGCCAUGGAGGAAGAAGGUAUGUCGCAAAAAGAACGUGCCAAGUUGCAUAGAAAGGCAGAGAAGCAUCUCAGGAGACAGCGUCGUGAGACUGCGGCCCAUCUGGCUUCACAAUCCCAGUCGCAAGCCAUGACACCUUUAGUGUCGCAUCAUCCUAGGAGUUCUCCCGGCCCGGCUAGCGUGGGACCGGCAGGCAGUAGCCAGUUCCCGGCAAGCAGUCAGUUCACGCCGAGUCAAAAGUUCCCAGCGUCGCAACCGGUGCCCGGCCAGUUCAGCGGAAGACCGAAGAAGAAAAUCAAGCGGAGGAUAGAAGGAUUUUAGGGGGCGUUGUCUCUAUUGUUGAUUCUCCACGAUACCCUGGGCGGCAUUAUUUGUUGUCGAAUAUUGCAUAUUGUUUGGGCUAGCAGUACGUAUUGUAGUAUUCAUAUACUCUGUAGAUCUUAUGUAGGUAGCUGUGUCGGUGAGUGGCGUAACGGGUGGAUACAUGGGGUGUUUUGCGGUGGAUAUCUACCUAUCUAUUAUUUCUAACCU